GCAAUGGCGGAUGAAGAGAUAGUUGCCGUGGUGGUGGAUAAUGGUUCGGGGAUGUGCAAGGCUGGUUUUUCCGGCGAUGACGCCCCCAGGUGUGUGUUCCCAUCCAUAGUUGGGCGGCCACGUCAUCAGGGAGUAAUGGUUGGCGCAGUCCUCAAGGACUCGUAUAUUGGAGAAGAAGCCCAGCUUAAACGGGGGGUACUGAGUCUGAAAUACCCUAUAGAACACGGCAUCGUCACCAACUGGGACGACAUGGAGAAGAUCUGGCACCACACCUUCUACAACGAGCUGCGGGUCGCGCCGGAGGAACACCCGGUCCUCAUGACGGAGGCGCCGCUCAACCCAAAGAUCAACAGAGAGAGGAUGCUCAAGCUGAUGUUUGACGUCUUCAACACGCCAGCAUUCUACGUCUCCAUCCAGGCGGUGCUGUCCCUCUACGCUUCAGGACGAACCACCGGCAUAGUUCUAGACUCUGGGGAUGGAGUCACGCACAACGUGCCCAUCUACGAGGGUUACUCCAUGCCCCACGCCAUCCUGAGAUUGGAUUUAGCAGGUCGCGACAUCACCGAGUACCUGACGACGAUCCUCACAGAGAGAGGAUACUCCUUCACCACGUCUGCCGAGCGAGAGAUCGUGCGAGACAUCAAGGAAAAGCUGGCUUUCGUCAGUCAGGACUUCGACCAGGAUAUGAUCACGUCUGCGACCUCCGUUGAGAUGGAGACGAACUACGAACUUCCCGACGGGCAGAUCAUCUCAGUCGGCAGCGAGAGGUUCCGCUGCGUGGAGGCGCUCUUUCGGCCGGCGCUCGUCGGAAUGGAGUCGUCUGGGAUCCACGAGUCCACGUUCGACUCCAUUCAAAAGUGUGACGUCGACAUUCGAAAAGACCUGUACACCAACAUCGUCAUGUCCGGCGGAACUACGAUGUUCCCGGGGAUUGCCGAGAGGCUGAGCAAGGAGGUGUCCGGUCUCGCUCCUCCGGUCAUGAAGAUUAAGGUCAUUGCACCGCCGGAACGGAAAUAUUCCGUCUGGAUUGGUGGGUCCAUUUUAGCCUCGCUUUCAACUUUUCAACAGAUGUGGAUUACCAGGCAGGAAUACGAAGAAACUGGCCCUGGCGUAGUUCACAGAAAAUGUUUCUGAACUGCAAUAAAUGGAGAUCCCAUAUAAGGGGAGCUAAUGGGGGCAGAGGGCAAUUGUUAUGAAAUGCGGUUAUUUUGAGUAGCAUUUCCACACAGUAAAUAUUUUACAAAGUUUUGAGGUCCCUUUAAGUGUGGAACCUGAGCAUUUGCCCGAUUUUCUUCCCCUUUGGUCACCAUUGAUCCAAGUGUUGUACUUCUAUGUCAUUUCAUCUCCAAAUCUAGUUUCAUAACCACAAAUGAAGAAUCUAUAAUAAUAUUAGAUACCGUUUGUUUUAACCAAUAUUAUUUUAAAUAAUAUUAUGUACACUUAUGUUAAUUUUUAUCUUAUUAUUUUUUUAAUUAUGUAGGCCUACUAAUUAAUUAAAGAUACGAUAAACCGUUUACGUAGUAUACGAUACACAUUUUACACAGUGUUGGUACGUGUUUGACUUGAAGUUUACAUAUAUUUUGUUGUUGUACUUAAUAAUAUCAUGAUUAAUAAAUUCAAACUUGA